AUGACGCCCAGCAGAGCUCUGAUUCUGGGGAUCCUCGCCCUGACCACCGCGCUCAGCCCCUGCGGGGGUCAGGAUGACAUCCAGGCCGACCAUGUUGGCCUCUACGGUUUAAACUUGUAUCAGUCUCAUCAACCCAACGGCCAGUACACGAUGGAAUUUGAUGAUGAUGAGCUGUUCUAUGUGGACUUGGAUAAGAAGGAGACCAUCUGGAGGAUUCCUGAGUUUGCCCAACUGAGAAGCUUUGACCCACAAGGUGGACUGCAAGAGAUAGCUGUAGCAAAAUACAACUUGGACAUCCUGAUUAAAGAAACCAAUUCUACCCCAGCUGCCAAUGAGGUUCCUGAGGUGACCGUGUUCCCCAAGUCCCCGGUGCUGCUCGGUCAGCCCAACGUCCUCAUCUGCCUGGUAAACAACAUCUUCCCUCCUGUGAUCAACAUCACGUGGCUGAGGAACAGCAAGUCAGUCACAGAAGGUGUUUAUGAGACCAGCUUCCUCUCCAACAGCGACCAUUCCUUCCACAAGAUGGCUUACCUCACCUUCAUCCCUUCCGACGAUGACAUCUAUGACUGCAGGGUGGAGCACUGGGGCCUGGAGGAGCCGGCGCUGAAACACUGGGAACCCGAGGUCCCAGCCCCCGUGUCAGAGCUGCCGGAGACUGUGGUCUGUGCCCUGGGGUUGUCCGUGGGCAUCGUGGGCAUCGUGGUGGGCACCGUCUUCAUCAUUCAAGGCCUGCGAUCAGGCGGCCCCUCCAGACACCCAGGGCCCCUAUGA